AUUUCAGUAAGUCGCCACCUCGCGGCCGCGCCGCGCGUGUUGUAACUGUGUUUGUUCAUUCAGUGAAGUGCUACUUGGAUUAAAUUAUAACAUCUUUGAAAAUAUAUUACUGGUGUUAUAACGGAUUGUGUUCAAAAGAUGACAAUGUAGCUGAUGUUCGCGUGCUAUGCUGAUAAGAUAAGAUAAUAAGAUGUGACAAGGGCACAUGAUAGUGUUCAGAGUAAAGCGAUGUGGACACAAGAACGGUCCUAUAGUGAAAUAUUUAACGAAAUAACAAAUAUAACAAAGACUACUAACUAAAAUAAAUAACAAAUAACAUGAUCACAUGACAUUCUCGUGUGUAGAUUAAAAAAUAUAUCGUGCCAGUGUUUAAAAUAUUCGAAUAAAGAACUAUGUGUAAAAUAGUGUUGUGAAAAAUGAAAUACGCAUUCGAAAUUUGAUAAUGACAAAACAGCUGUGAGGCAAAAGCCGUUAUUUUGUGGAAAGUGUAAUGGUGUAUUAGUGUUUGUGAAAAAUGGGUUGCCAGUUGGGUAAACUAGCGGCGUCGGAGAGGCGUGGCAACAACGCAGGGCCGGCUAUUAGUGAUGGGCCACCGCCGGCCACGGACCCUCGACUCCCAUUGACAGCGAAGCAGAAAUACUCGAUGCUCGCAUCGUGGAAGGGCAUCUCUAGAGCUAUGGAGAAGACUGGCAUCUGUAUGUUUAUAAAAUUAUUCGAGGAAAACCAAGAUCUACUAAACAUGUUUGAAAAAUUCCGCCAAUGCCGGACGAAGGAGGAACAAAUCAACUCCAUGGAGCUUGCAGAACACGCCAACAAUGUGAUGAACACCUUGGAUGAAGGUAUCAAGGGUCUGGAUGACCUGGACAACUUCUUCGGCUAUAUACACCAAGUUGGGGCUAGCCACAGAAGAAUACCUGGAUUCAAGGUCGAAUAUUUUUGGAAAAUCGAAGCACCGUUCCUAGCAGCUGUGGAGUCGACCUUGGGCGACCGUUACACACCCAACGUGGAGAAUAUCUACAAAAUUACCAUCAAGUUUAUACUAGAAACACUCAUAGAAGGAUAUGAGGCUGCUGGCAAGCAUCCUACGUGAGCUCAGCUAUGUACAGAAACAAAAUAAAAAACAAAAGUGAACUGAGCGCUUGAAGGAAAAACACAAGUCAGUUUUAACGAAAAUAAAAAAAAAACGACUAGCAGCCGCCAUGUUGAAAAUUUUAAAUUGGAACCACCAUUCCAAAUUCGAAGCUAAAACGCCACUAUCAAAAAUUAAUGUCAAUUUAAAACGAGAUUUUAAAAAGUGAAGUGUACAGACGUUUACAAAAUGCAUCGUGAAUUAUGUGUAUAAUGUGAAUAAUUCUAUAAUUGUGUAUAGUUGUCACUGUUCUUUUUCGCUCGUCUGUAUUUAGACUGGUAAAUUAAUUGGGACUAACUGUUCAGUACGGGAACAUAACUGAGUAUUAGAGCGCUUUUUCGAAUAGCAAAAUAAUUUUAAUAUAGGAACAAGAUGUAGAUAAAAUAGUAAAAAAUAUGUGUGUUAAAUUAAGGAAUUUUAAACCAAAUAACUUUUUUAAAUGUCGCAAAACGCUUGUUAGUACUAAUUUAAUGUUAAAUAAUUAUUUAUUUAUAAUGAUAUUCUUCUUGACGUCCUUACUGUUGGCUGGACCAACCGUCGUAUGUUUUAUUGUUUAAACAAUUAAUAAUUCGGCAUAAUUACUGUUAAAUUGCGUCUUCCGUGCGUGAAUGUUGUAAUACUUAGACUAAGUAUUAAGUUAAAUAAUUUUAAAACUGUUAUAUAAUUUAACCGAAAAUGUUAUAUAUGUUAUAAUCACACGGAAGAUUUUGUUUAAAUUAUAUUUAAAUUUCCAAAGUGAAAAUGAAGCACAUUACAGUCUAAUAUCUACUAGUGUAUCAACUUUUAAUAUUUUUUUACUAAUUAUUAUAAUCUCUAUAGAAUAUGUCUUAUAAGCACAAAAACUGAACAACAUAUUAUAAAGUACCACUCUAUGAAAUAUAUUUUCUGAAACUAUCUUAUAAAAGUACCUUCUAGUACUUGAAAUGUUCGUUUAUAUAAAUUUCAUAUGAAUGUAUAAAUAAAUAAAACUUGUAAUUCUCCGGAAUGUAUAAGUCGUCAUCUUUUUUAUAAAAAUUUGAAUAUUUCCGUUGAAAUGUUUAAAAAACUUCGGCAUUUAUUCGUGUUGGUAGUCAAUUCUGUACUGAAAUAAUUCUACAUGAAAACUUUUCCUUGUAAACUUCAUUAGAUUUGUCCGUUUUAUUUCAACUUGGAUAUUCAUAAUUCACAAAUAUGACAAAUGGUGAAUUCUGACUUCUAUUGUCUAAAACAAAAAAAAAACCUGUGGGUGAUUGGGAUAUGGGCGAUAUAAUAUUUUGGACGUUGUAAAAAACAGUUUAAUUUUUUUAGCAUUCUCAUUUUAAAAAUAUCUCUUAAAUCAUACGUAUUGUAAAUUGUAAUACAGUUCAAACCAACGAAUUAAUACGAAGGGUUUUUUACCAUCUAUAAUAUUAUCAAGGGAAAUUAUUCUAUAAAGGUAAAGGUACACAGCUUGCGGCAAAUACACUAAUUAGGGAUGAUAUUCGUUGGUUGUACAUGACGUAUCAUUAUGUUCACGUACUUAAUUACAUAGAACAAUGUAAAGCACGCUACCUCAUUAUGUAUUUCGAGUACAUAUGUGAAUUUUGAGGUUGUAAUGGAAAGAUAUACAUAAUGAUAGGAACAUUUCUAGACCGGGAAUCUUAAGGUACAAGUUGGAAGCGGGCGACAUGAGGCGGCAGACAACGUGUUGUUGCUUCAUGUUGGCACGAUAAGUCGUUACGAUUUAUCGGUAUAGUGAUGCUGAACACACACACACACACACAGCUUGCGUUACUUAACACUGCAGGAUUACCACGAAUGCUUUGGUGAACUUACCUUGGUAAUAUGGAGUCGAACAUCAUCAUCAUCAUUAUGAAAACUAUAAUUUUAUUACAACUUUCGUGAGACCUCCUCGUCAAACAAUUAUGUGAGUAAGUCGAUAACAUAAUAAUUAAUUAUCAAAACUACUAACAAUCCAAUACUCUUCCACAUAUCUAGGUAAUGGCUACCUCUACAUACAUAACAAACCAGGAUAUCGACACAAAUACAGUUCCAAAAUUAAUAUUCACAAUACAAAUUAGACCCAACUACGAGUAAUAAUUACCUAACAUAAUUAGGCUAUAUUAAAUUAUGUUGGAACGCCCUUCCAUUAAUUGGUCCUCUACGAGUUGUAUUGGAUAUUCAAAGGUAAUAUGGCGUCUUGAUUUAUUUGAUUAGUCUCGGUAAUAAACAAGGCUUGUUACGAAAUUAUAGAUUUCAAUUUGGGAUUGGUGUUUAUUGAAUUUGAUUAAUUAUUCCAAUAUGAUAUUCCUUGGGUAUUCUAGAUGUCUUGGCACGUCUUGGGUAAAAUCUAUAACAUUUAAAUUAGUCGGCUUUUCUUACCUGACGCUCAAGAAUUUAAACUAAACUAACGAUUUCCACGGUUUUGCAUUCGUCGGAAAGGUUCUCGGGUUCCAUGGGGUUUAUAGCAAAGAAAAAUCAAAAAUUCUAGAGAAAAGCAGGAAAACAGAGAAAAUUUUUGGUGGCGAAAUUACUACCGUACUCAGAGUACUCAGAGUAACCGAAUUAAAAAGCUUUGCUUUUUAUUUUAAUUAUGACGUCGAAUAAACUACGCGCCGUGAUACGCAAAAAUACCUGCGCCUGAGUCUAUUUUGGCAGAAUACUUAUACAUAGACUCGCCAAAAUAAAUAUAAGCCGCAGAAUUGAGCAGAAUAUAGAUUAACCGUCUCUGUCUGAACUAUUUUGAUGAAAACAAAUAUACUCUUUCUACUAGAAGUAGUAAUCUAACAAAGUAAGAUCGGCUGCCGAACCACACAACUUUUUUUAAGGAGAGAAAUCCUUUCAAUUUCUCUUCCCGCCUUAGUUGAGGCAAAAGAGUAGCCCUUCCCACCUUGGGUGAGGUGAGACACUCGCUCUCACAAAACCCAUUAAAAAAAGGUAUCUGAACUGGAAGACGAUUUUAAUUAAGUUCAUCGACCUUCUGCGAGUAUAUGACACACAAUGUAAAGCUCAUUGUGUCUCACGCAGAUCAGGGGCCUUAGUCUGCUAUAAUCGACCAUUCUGAUACAAUUGUAAUAGCAAACUAAUUCCCCUGCACUCCAGCAUUCUACAGGUUAAAAGAUAUGAUGCGAAAGAUUCAUUUAAAAAUAGCAUCUAAAUAAAAUCGAUUUAGUCGCGAUACGACCACAAUUCGGUGGUCCGUCUAGACCUCAGGUCGCGUUGCGAUGCCCUCACGCAACGUUCAAGGCGCACCACUGAAUUGGUUUAUCAAUCUUGGUUAAUAAAACUAGUUAAAGACUUUUAUAUAUCUUAUUUUUUGUGUUUUAAUAGCGGAAUCAACAGAUUUGUUUAAAUAAAUCAUGCUUAUGAGUUACUUAAAAGGAUUUGUAUCGCGACUUUAUUGAUGGGCAUGCUUCAAACUUUACAAUAUGUAUGUACAAGCAAUCAAAGUAAUUGGGUUUCAUUGAAAAUAACAAAAGAAUACAAUUUGAAUAUCAUUAUUUUCAAUGAGAUACAUAAUUACUAUUAAAUAUCUAUAUCGCAAAAGAGCCAGAUUGAUCACACGAAUAAUCCCAUUUUGGUGAUUCAACCAAUUGCAUUUGGGAACUACCACAGAAGUUAGAUUUGUGCCCGAAAUUUUGAGACAAGCAGUAAUGGAUAAUUAUUAUUUAUAAAUGUGUACUUCUGCUUCUAAUAGCUCAGACGAGCAACUAUCGCGCAACUAAAAAUCGCUCGAUACACUCUUAAAACAAACACGUAAACAGUUAAACACACAUUUCAGCCUGUCUAACAUAUUCUCACUCCUCUCAAUAUUAUCUCGUUUGAAAGAAAACAAUCAAUUUCAUGCAAACAUACUAAGAUUUAUAUUAAAACCCGCCCACGGUUGUAGUUGUUUAAUUUUCGCACAAUAUAAACAAAGUUUAUCGCAUAUUAUAUAUGUAUACUAGCUUUUGCCCGCGACUUCGUCCGCGGAAAAUUUAAAAAUUUAGGGUUGUACUACCCCUAACAUUUAGGGGGAUGAAAAAUAGAUGUUGGCCGAUUCUCAUAGAUACCGGAUAAGCACAAAAAAUUUCAUCAAAAUCGGUCAAGCCGUUUCGGAGGAGUAUGGCAAAAGAAAACUGUGACACGAGAAUUUUAUAUAUUAGAUGUAUUUAUAUACCAUGGUUACUAUCUGGUAAGGUUAACAAAGAGUUUUGUUUCAUUGAUUACUUAAACUAUUCCUUAAUAACGAUUUUGUAUCGAAACAAUUAGUAAGGACUGAGUAACCAUUAAUUGACUCUGAAUACGGCUGUAAGCAGUGUAUCUUGUCUUUAUCUUCCUUGAAUUAAAUUACUAUACCCUUAAAGACCAAAGCUUUGAAUUGUUGAUGCGUUUAUAAGAAAAAAUCCUACUUACUACUCAAGGUUCUACUAUUAUUGAACAGUUUGCCACGGCUCGACCGGAGCGAUAUCAAGGCCUCACAGAAAACCGACGUGAAACAACGCUUGCGUUGUGUUUUGUUGUGUGAGUGAGGUUACCGGAGGCUCCUUCCCAAUCCCCGAUUCCCCAACAAUGCUUAAAUUCCUAACCCCCAAAAGUUCAGCAACGAACUUGUAACGCCUCUGGUGUUUCGGGUGUCCAUGGGCGGCGGCGAUUGCUUACCAUCAGGUGAUCCGUCUACUCCGGUUUAUACCAUAAAAACAAAUUUAUUAAAGUACCAAGUUGAAAUAAAACUACAAAUAUAUGAAAUGUCUUCUAAGUUACCUAUAAAUUGUUAUGAACCCAUUAUAAGUAUUGUAUGUACGAUCGUUAUUAUUGUAAUAAGUACUUAUAUAAAAGUAAAUAAGUUGUAUUUAUAAAUGAAUUUUGAAAUAAGCAAUGAAUGUGUUGUAUGUAAUAAAAUGUAUCAGGUCGAUGUAUUUAAGUGUUAAUUUGAUUUGAAAUAAAUAUUAUUUGAAAAUU